AUGGGCGAGACGGUUGUGGUCGUAGGAGCGGGCGUAAUUGGCCUGACAGCUGCGCUCUUGCUAUCCCGCGACAAGCCCAACACCGUCACUGUCGUUGCCAAGCAUAUGCCCGGCGACUAUGAUGUCGAGUAUGCCUCGCCCUUUGCCGGUGCAAACGUACUUCCUAUGGCAACAAAAGAAGACAGCAAAUGGGAGACUGUCACAUGGAAAGAGAUGAAGCGGCUGUGCGAGCAAGUACCCGAAGCCGGCAUUCAUUUUCAAAAGUGUCAAAUAUUCAGGCGUCGUAAGGAUGCUUCGGCUCUCCCCGCGGGCAUCUUCGAUCCCAACCCUUGGUUCCGCGAAAUUUUCGAGGACUACAGGGACCUCCGCCAGGACGAAGUACCCGAGGGCUAUGAUUCAGCUUCAGAAUACUCUAGUGUCUGCAUCAACACGGCCAUCUACCUUCAAUGGCUGGUCGGCCAGCUUCUGAAGAAUGGUGCCGUCUUGAAACGAGGCGUUCUGUCGCACAUCAAGGAAGCCAGGGGACUCAGUCACACCGGCAAGCCUGCGACCAUCAUUGUCAACUCCACAGGGCUCGGUGCUCUCAAAUUAGAGGACGUUCAAGACACCAAGAUGAGGCCCGCAAGGGGGCAGGUGGUACUUGUUCGUAAUGAAGUCCCGAUGUUUGUCACUAGUGGAAACGAUGACGAUGAGAAUGCGGAUUUGUGCUACGCCAUGACGCGAGCUGCGGGUGGCGGUUCUAUCCUUGGGGGAACUUAUGAUAUCGGGAACUGGGAAUCGCAACCGGAUCUGAACAUUGCUAAUCGGAUCAUGGACCGUAUAGUCAAGAAGUAUCCCGAGAUUGCUGGUGGCAAAGGCGUCGGUGGUCUGAGUGUCAUCCGACAUGCUGUGGGCCUGCGCCCUUACCGGGAAGGAGGAGCCCGCAUUGAGGAGGAGAAGCUCGACUCCGACACCUGGAUUAUACAUAAUUACGGACAUGCCGGCUGGGGGUAUCAGGGAUCUUACGGCUGUGCUGAGGACGUUGUACAGCUCGUGCAGAAGGUUCAAAGGAUCAAGCAUGGAGACAAGGCGAAAUUAUAA